AGAACAAAAAUUCAAGAAAACAUGAUAUUUACACAGAAACAAGAUCAUAUAAACACACCUCAUCUUCAUUGUCUGAUCAAAACCAGAUAAUCUUGCAUGGCUACACAAAUCAGCCCCUGUUGUUCAUCUUCCACCACCUUCUCAUCUUCUUCACUCAAUCAAGAACCACCCUUUGCUUCUGCAAAGUUGUUCAAUUUCUCAACAAAAUCAUCUACUUCCAGAUGGGCUUUCAAGAUUCAUUCAAGAACUGAUCCAAAAAACCACUUUAACCUCAAAUCUACAAAUGGGUAUCCUCUUAAUGCAGUUUCUUUGCAAGAUGGUGCAGCAGAGAAGCCUUUAGCAAAAGAACUCGUGUUACCAGAACAAACCGAAUCGAAUCUUAGUGUAACAGUUGUGGGUGCUUCUGGUGAUCUCGCCAAAAAGAAAAUUUUCCCGGCCCUUUUCGCUCUGUUUUACGAAGAUUGCUUACCUCCGAACUUUAUUGUUUUCGGUUAUGCCCGAACCAAAAUGACCGAUGAGGAGCUGCGGGAAAUGAUCAGUAGAACGUUAACGUGCAGAAUCGAUAAGAGAGAAAACUGUGGUGACAAAAUGGAAGAGUUUCUUCAAAGAUGCUUUUACCAUUCGGGUCAAUAUGAUUCCGAGGAACAUUUUGCUGAGCUGGACGAAAAGCUAAAACAGAAAGAGGAGGGGAAAGUGUCGAAUAGGUUGUUUUAUUUGUCAAUACCUCCGAACAUUUUUGUGGAUGUGGUACGAUGCGCUAGUUGCAAAGCUUCUUCGGGAAAUGGGUGGACAAGGGUAAUUGUGGAAAAACCGUUUGGGCGAGAUUCAGAAUCUUCUGGCGAGUUAACGAGAAGUUUGAAACAAUACUUAGCCGAGGAACAAAUAUUUAGGAUUGAUCAUUAUCUAGGCAAGGAGCUAGUAGAAAACUUAUCCGUUCUUCGUUUCUCAAAUCUUGUUUUCGAACCACUUUGGUCAAGAAACUACAUUCGAAACGUACAGUUUAUAUUUUCUGAAGACUUUGGUACCGAAGGGCGAGGAGGAUACUUUGACAACUAUGGAAUCAUUCGCGAUAUAAUGCAAAAUCACCUAUUGCAAAUAUUGGCGUUAUUUGCAAUGGAAACACCCGUGAGUUUGGACGCCGAGGAUGUUAGAAAUGAAAAGGUCAAAGUUUUGAGGUCAAUGAGAAAGUUAAGACUCGAAGAUGUGGUCAUCGGUCAAUACAAAGGUCAAAGCAAAGGUGGAAAGACGUAUUUAGGAUACACAGAGGACCCCACCGUCCCGAACGAUAGCCUGACUCCAACUUUUGCAGCAGCAGCUCUCUUUAUCGAUAAUGCUCGGUGGGACGGUGUUCCGUUUCUUAUGAAAGCUGGGAAAGCCCUCAAUACUAGACGGGCAGAGAUCAGAGUUCAAUUCAGACAUGUUCCGGGUAACCUGUACAAGAGAAACUUUGGGAUGGAUAUGGAUAAGGCUACAAACGAGCUCGUGCUUCGUGUACAGCCCGAUGAAGCCAUCUAUCUCAAGAUUAAUAAUAAGGUUCCUGGUCUUGGAAUGAGGCUUGACCGAAGUGACCUGAAUUUGCUCUAUAAGACGAGGUACUCGAAGGAAAUUUCGGACGCAUAUGAGAGGCUUUUAUUGGAUGCAAUAGAAGGAGAAAGGAGAUUGUUUAUAAGAAGUGAUGAGCUUGAUGCUGCUUGGUCUAUAUUCACACCAUUAUUAAAAGAACUCGAAACAAAGAAAAUUACACCGGAAUUGUAUCCGUACGGAAGCAGAGGACCGGUCGGGGCUCAUUAUCUGGCGGCUGAGUAUAAUGUCCGGUGGGGAGACCUCGCCGAAGAUGAGUGAUUCGAUGUAUAUGCGCUUGUUUUUCUUUUUUCUUUUGGUCAUCUUACUUCUUGUGAGAUUAUGUUUCUCUUACUAAAUGGUUUAUGUUUAAAAUUUUGAACUCUUUUGGGGUCAAAUCACUGCAUUAUUAUAGACUAAGGAUUUGUCAAGUUGGACAAAUUGGAUGGGUGUAGCUUGUUCAAUAAUUUACAUGUUCUCUA